UCGCGCAUCACGUAAUGUACAGGGAUCUUCUGUAGUACCAGUUAAAAACGAUUAAGAUGUCGUUAGUAUAUCUAUAGGAGAGCUAAAUUUGAUUUGACAGCUAGCGGUGCUCAGUUUUGAUGACCAGAAGAUGGACUUCAACAGGACUGUUCUUGUGACUGGAGGAUCUGGAUUCAUUGGCUCCCAUCUUGUCACUUCGCUGGUCCACAGACACCCAGACUGGAGGAUUAUUAACCUGGACAAUUUGGAUUACUGCUGCAGCCCCAGGAGUCUGGAGGGUGUUGAAGACAGAGCAAACUACACCUUCAUCAGAGGAGAUGUGUGUAACUCACGGCUGGUGAAUCACAUUUUCAGCACCGAAAACAUUGAUGUGAUCUUUCACCUGGCGGCCAAAACGCAUGUCGAGUCGUCGUUUGAAACCCCGUCUAGUUUUCAGCGUGUGAACAUCAAUGGAACCAGGGUUCUUCUGGGAGCCGCCCAUCAGGCCCGACACCACCCGCAGCGCUUCGUCUACGUCAGCACGGAUGAAGUGUACGGAGCCGGUCUGGACGAGGUGUUUGAUGAGAGCAGUCCAGUGAGGCCCUCCAACCCAUAUUCUGCCACUAAAGCAGCGGCGGAGUACCUGGUCAGAUCCUACUGGGACAAGUACAAGUUUCCCAUCAUCAUUACCAGGAGCAACAACAUCUACGGGCCCAGGCAGUACACUGAAAAGGUCAUUCCGAGGUUUCUCACCCUCUUGCAAAUGAACAAGAAAUGCACCAUCCAGGGAACCCUCCCUAAAUCCCGCCAUUUCCUGUUUGUCGAUGACGCCGUCAACGCCUUCCUGCUGGUUCUAGAGAGAGGGAUUGUGGGAGAAAUCUACAAUGUUGGAGCAAACUGUGAGAUUCCCAUCAUGCAACUGGCCAGGGAACUUGUUAAGAUGGUCAAGAACGUGCCGGAGUGUGAGGUGAACGAUUGGCUCGAGUUUGUGCCUGACAGGCCAAGUGUUGACCUGCGCUACCCAAUCAAAUGUGAGAAGCUGCAGCAGCUGGGCUGGAGAGUUCAGGUGUCCUGGCCUGAAGGCAUCAGACAGACUGUCAAAUGGUACGAAGACAACCCAGACUUCUGGUCAGGCACAACCGAGGACCGAGGACCAAUCAGAGACCAGCUUGAAAAAACUACCAGCGAAUGAGUGGGCUCGUCCGUGCCCUCCUGCUUCGCCGACAGACGAAGCAGUGACUUUAUUUCACACGACAUUUGUGUAACACAAAGGCUAUUAUGGCUGAUUUUUACAGCUCAACUCACAAAUACUGAGCACAUGGACAGUCUUUUUUUUUCCUCAGCUGUCUCUAAAUGAUUGUCUGACCAACAGGCCUCGAAGUUUUCCCUGGAAAUCAACGCACUUUAUUGUAAUUAUUGAUUCAUCUCAUGUUGACAAGUGUUCUUAUUUUGUUCGAUGUUGAAGGCUGAAACAUACUCUACAGAAGUUAAGUAGAAACCAUGAAAACUCCAGAGUUGUGACUGAUCACAUUUAAAAAUUAGCACGUAUAAGCAGCUGUAGAUGAAACUUUCCAUUUCAAAUAUAUGUUCAACCUUUUACAGCACAAAUAUUUUGGUGAGUUUUAAGAUACUCUGAUUUUGUUACCAUAGUUUUACAAUAAAAGGAUGAGAAGGGAACUGCAGCCACCUCCAAGUUCAUUCAUCAGUCAGGUGUGUUUUAUAUAAUUCUGGGAAAUGUAUUUAACUGCAAAUAAACAUGA